AUGAACGGCGAUUCGGUGGAAGGUGAAGGUUUGGAGGAGGAGUCUCUGAAAGUGUGGCCGGCCAAGGUGAUCAUCGCGAAGGAAAUGAAGUUGCAGGCUCAACAGGUGCUUCUGUUUGAUGCCUCAGGUGUACUGCAGGAUGGCGAUCAGCUGCCAAUGGAUGGCCUGAUCCAGAUCUACAUCAAGGAGGUCGAAGUCACCAUGGAAGAAUUUCUGGCCAAGGCACGAAAGAAGCCGACGGACUGCGCGGCGUUGUUGCGGCUCACCGUGCUGGCGCAUCUGACGGCACUGCCUAAGGAUGUGGGGGAGUCUUUUCCGGAGCUCACGCACCUGUUCCUGACCAAUAAUCACAUCUCCAGCUGCCCUGCCAGCCUUGGAAAGUUGAAGAAACUGAUUCAGUUGGAGUUGGAUGGCAACCAGCUGACCGACUUGCCUGAAAGCCUUCAACAGCUGGAGGCCCUACGAAGCUUGAAGCUGGAUCGCAAUCAGUUUCGCGAGAUUCCCAGGGAGAUUCCAGGCAUGGAGAACUUGGAAGAGCUGUCCAUGUGCUCCAACCAGCUCAGUCGGAUACCACCCUUGAGACAGCUGCAGGCGCUGAAGCGCUUGGCCUUGGCCAAGAAUCAGCUCGAAGAGCUGCCCAGCUUGGAGCUGCCGAGCCUCACGGAUCUGAACCUGUCGCAGAAUCGGCUUCAGAGGCUGCCAGAUGUGCUGCAAAUGCCACAGUUGAAGCAUUUGGACCUGUCCUUCAAUGAGCUUCAAAGCUUACCUGACGCUAUUCUUGCAGCGAGGCAGCUGAAGGAGUUGCUGGUGAGCCACAAUCGACUCUCAUCUUUGCCGCUCCAGAUUGGGAACCUCUCAGAGUUACAAGACCUGAAUCUGAGUUCCAACGCCCUUCGGACCUUGCCAGAGACUUUUCGGAACUUGACGCAGCUUCAAAACGUCUGGCUGGACCAGGGGCAGAUGAUGGUCCUCCCGGACAGCAGCCGUGCAAUGCUGCGGGUGGCUGCCACGCUCUACACGUCUCUGGAAGGAGAGCUGGAGCCAGCAGCACCAAAGGCAGCUGCACCAGCCAGAAGGAAGGUCCAUGACAAGGAUACUGAGAAAGCAGAGCGCAUCCUGGCAAUUUUCAAGAGCUUUGACCUCAACGGUGAUGGUUUCAUCGAUCCCGGGGAACUCCGCCAUGUCCUGCGCAGCAUUCGUGACGUGGGGUCGGCUUUGAGUGAUGAGAUGAUCGAGGCCGUCCUGGAACAGAUGGAUACCAACAAGGAUGGCCUGGUGAAUUUCGAGGAGUUUCUGUCGUGGCUCUAUGGCACUCGGCCCUCCACUGAGAAGCAGCUGCUGCGUCGUGCUGUGGGCAUCCUGGAGGCAGAAGGCCUCCCCUCGGAAACUGCAGAGGCUUCACAGGGCCCAGGGAGCCUGGACCCGCCCUCGUUGACGCGGCUCACUUCAAGGGCUUUGGCGGAGGAGGCCCAAGCUGCGGUAGCCUUGCUUCAAGAGGAGGAGCUGACAGCUUUGCGAACAUCAAGGGAUGCCAAGGUCAAGAGCUUGCUGGAGGUCUUGUCACUGCUGAUGGCAGGCAUGGUUCCUGGAGGAAACUCAGCCGGUCCCUCUGGUCCGCUUGCAGGCGUUGAGUCUUUGAUGGAGCAGCCUCGCUACUUUCUCAGUGCUUGCAGCUCUGUCUUGUCUUGGAUCGACGAAGGGAAGCUGCCCGAGCAGAACGUCGAGUCUGCUCGGGCUGUGAAGAGCAGCCUGCCCUGGCCCUUCCAACCUGAAGCUUUGGCGGACAGCGGACGCCCUGCUGCUGCAGUGUGCAGAUGGAUGGUGGCCAUCUUCGCUUAUUACGAUGCUGUGGAGAACUGGGAACCAUGA